AUGAAGAAGACAAAGUUCUCAAUCACUCGAGAAACGAGAACUAGGAACUAUGUACCAGAUAGAUUUAUCUCCUUCAAUGACGAAGAUGCGGAGGGCAUCAUUCAACCCCACAAUGAUGCUUUGGUAAUUUCUGUCCUUAUAAAUAAAACUCAUGUGAAACAUAUUUUGAUUGAUCCAGGUAGCUCAGCCAACAUUAGCCGAUGGAAAGUAGUGGAGCAGUCGGGACUGUUGGAUCAGAUUGUACCAGUGGCCCAUGUCCUAAACGGAUUUAAUAUGGCGUACGAAACUACAAAAGGCGAGAUUACACUACCAGUGAAUGCAGCUGGUAUAAUCCAGCCCACAAAGUUCUAUGUCAUGGACGGAGAAAUGAAAUACAAUGCUUGGAUCGGAAGACCAUGA